AUGCACUUUAAGAACCUCUUCUCUCAUUUUCUAGGCACUGUGCUCCUUUCCACCUCUGUCAAGUCAUAUCUCUCAGCCAAAUCGCUACCCAAGAUGGACUUUGAAUCUAUAACGGCCAAGAAUAACGAAGCUCGGUCGUUCAACAGCCCUGCCUCUGCAAAAAUCGCCAUUGAUAACGUCAGGGUAUUCAAUGGGCACGAUAUAGGCCCUGCCACGACGGUGGUCAUUGAUGGGGCUAUAAUAGGUGACAAUACAACUGGAGCAAAGCAGAUCAAUGCAAAAUGGGCAACACUUAUACCUGGUUUAAUCGAUUCUCACUGCCACCCGAGCAAUAUCACUCAUCUACAAGACCUGUCUCGAUUCGGUGUCACCACCUGUUUCACAAUGGCAUGUUUUGAAACACAAAUGUGCAAAUCACUCAAAGGCCAUACAGGAUUGGCAGAUAUUUUAACCACGACUGCUCCUGCUUCAGCUUCGGGCAGUGCGCACGGGAUUAUCACUGCUAUGAUUGACCCAAGUCUUCUCAUCCAUAAUGACAGCCAAGUACCGGCAUGA